ACUAAAUUCUCAAACCUUAAGGCUCUCACUAUAUAUCGGUCCCGGAGAAGUCGAAGUGAUGAUAGGCUCUGCCACUUAAUUCGAGACUGUGACUUGCAAUUGUUUCAUCUUGAGCAACUCUGCAGAGAUAAGCUGACCUCGACGGAGAUAUCAGAGCUCAUGGCAUGCCUGCAACAGCAGCAUAAUCUCAAAGGUUUAUCGCUGAUACUUCCCGGCUCCUUGUCAGGAUCCGCGCUGAUGAAAGCGGAGAAAUUGGACAAAAUAUGGCCGAAUCUGAAGGCGUUGUAUCUUGGAAUGGGAGAUGAAUAUUGGCUGCAGCAACUUCCGAAGUUUGAGAAUCUUCAAAUCCUCACCCUCCAAGAUCUUGCCUCUGGUAUCACAAAUGGCGACGUCAUCGAAAUAAUCGCAAAGUGCCGGGUUCUACGAGUUGUUGAUGUCUUUUUCCGGGAGCUCAAAGACAUAGAAGCUCUCGAUAUCGCGCGUGGGUGCCCGCUUUUGCAAAAGUUCCGCGUACGGCAUGGACAGUUGUUUGAUCUAUUCGGGCCAAAAGACACCGUAUUCCUUGAACUGGAUUUGAUGUUUAGGAUCGAUACUGCACGCAUUCGCGACCUUGCAGUCUACUGCCCAAAACUGACUGUGCUCAGACUGCGUAAAGCCCGAUUAUGUCUCUCGAUCGCACAGAUGCCUGUGGCUCAUCCACUUUGCCAGCUAGAAAUUAUGCACUUUAGAGGGUUCGGAAACACGUUGGAUACGCGUUGA